CCACCACCCGCCCGGCCUGCCAGACAAUCGACAAAGGCGGGGACCGGCCGGCUCGCGGCGCGCGCACGCACGCCAGCAGCGUGGGCUGAGCCCGGCCGGGAACCCGAGCCCCGGCACCCCGGCACCCCGGGCUCGGCAGAGCUGGCGUGGGCGCCGCACCUGGCGCGCUCAGGUGAGUCCAGCCCGGGCGUUGGCGGGCGCGCGCCGGGUGGGCCGGGCGGCAGCUGCCCCGCAGGUCGCACCCCGAGCUGCAGGUCGCCGCGUAGCUUUGUUAUCUGGAGCCUGGUGGGAAUGCAAGCAGCCACUCGCUCGCCCGUUGGCACGUGGGAGCCGAGAGCCCGAGAGGAGCACCUUCUCCCAUAAUUUUCUGAGAGCAAGAACAUGCAAGCGACUGCCCACCAGUGCUGACGCAGUUCAUCCGGACUCUGCAGCGAAGGAUGGCGUUUGGGGACCAUCUGCUGAGUGGGCGUCUUUGGAUGAGGCACCGCGUGUCCCCACGGAGUUCCUGGAAAUAAGUCGGAUGUGUUUGACUCUCCAGAGCUGGCCGCCAUGACUGAGGAGGGGGCGCAGACGCCCUCCUCCAGGCCGGGGAGCCCGGACAGGGAAGGUCAGGUCUCGGAGGAGAAGUGGAUGCUGCACCAGCGGCUGGCGGUCCGCGAGCUCAUCGACACGGAGGUCUCCUACGUGCGCAUGCUCCAGCUGUGCGCCUCCGGCAUCCGGGGCCGCCUGCAGCAGCUGCCGCAGCGUGAUCUGGAUGUCCUGUUCUCCAACAUAGAUGAGAUCAUCAAGGUGAAUAGCAGGCUUCUCCAUCGUCUGCAGGAGGAGAGCACAGCCAGUGAAGAGGAGCGAGUGCAUUUAAUUGGUAACUUAUUCCUGGAGUUCCAAGAGGAUCUGGAGCGAGUCUAUAAGGUUUACUGUGCCAACUAUGACCAGGCUUUGCUGCUGGUGGAGUCUUACCGGAAGGAUCCGGAGCUGCAUCAGGAGAUCCAGGAUGCCAUUGAGGCUGCUGUGCCACACGCUGGACCCUCGGGCCUCAGCUUCUUACUGGUAAUCCCUCUGCAGAGGAUUACCAAGUACCCACUGCUGCUGCAGAAAAUCCUGGAGAGCACCCUCCCCGAGGCCAGUGCCCACCCUGUCCUGCAGAGGGCUGCUUCUGCCUUCCAGGACCUGAACACCAACAUCAAUGAGUACAAGAGGCGCAAGGAAGUGGCCUCCAAGUACGCCAAGACCGAGUCGCUGACGCUGAGGGAGCGGCUGGCCCGCAUCAACACGCACACCCUGUCCAAGAAAACCACUCGGCUGAGCCAGCUGCUGAAGCAGGAGGCGGGGCUGGUGUCCAGGACCGAAGACAAGGAGUUUGAUGAGUUGGAAGAGAAGUUCCAGUGGGUGUCGCUGUGUGUAAACGAGCUGAAGGGCAACGUGGCUGCUUACCUGGAUAACCUGGAGGCGUUCCUCCGCUUCCAGCCGCGGGACUACGCCCUGGACGUGGCCAGCGGCCCUGUGGUGGAGUAUUGCUGCCUGGCCAGAGACCUCCAGCUGCAGGCCUUUCCCGAGUUUAAACGGCGGCUGGAAGGCCUGGUGUGGAGGCCUCUGUGCAGCCUGGCCAAAGCUCUGACCGGCCCUCAGAACUUGAUCAGGAAGCGUCUGGACAAACUGCUGGACUUCGAGCGGGUGGAAGAGAAGCUGUUGGAAGUGGGGAGCGUGACCUACGAGGAGGACGCGGCCCGGCACACAUACCAGGCGCUCCACGCCCUGCUGGUGGCCGAGCUCCCCCAGUUUAACCAGCUGGCCCUGCAGUGGCUGGGCCACAUCCUGCGGGCCUUUGUGACUCUCCAGGGGGACCUUGUGAAGCAGGUGCUGCAGAAGGCAGAAGGCAGCGCGGCCCAGCUGCCGCACCGCCUUGUCUCUGACCUGGACUUCAGGCAGCUGCUGGAGGAUGCCCUAGGCCAGGCAGGAAACCAGCUUCGCUCCUUCCAAGAGAACUUUGAGAAAGUGCAGCCACCCGCCACCAUACAGCCUCUCCCGCCGGGCACCGAGCGCCUGAUGCAGGCUCUUCUGAGCAGGUACGGCCCCGGGAAGCUGUACCAGCUGACAGGCAACGUCAGCGGGACGGGCGCGAUGGACCUGACGCUGCUGCAGGGGCAAGUCGUGGCCCUCCUUCAAAACAGGGAUACCAAAGGCAACAGCAGCCGCUGGCUGGUGGACACCGGGGGCCAUCGAGGCUAUGUGCCUGCUGGGAAGCUGGAGCCAUACCAGACAGUCCCGAGCGAGGAGAAGAGAGGAGGGCUUCCUGAUGACACCCGAUGUCUCACACCAGAGCCUGCCCCAGCUCCCAUGCCUGCUGUCCCCGUCACCUCUGGGCCCAUCCCCACUGUCCCCACCAUGACCCAGGUGGUGGCGGCGUACCCCUUUGUGGCCAGAAGCAGCCAUGAAGUGAGUCUGCAGGCCGGCCAGCUGGUGACCGUCGUGGAGGCCCAGGACAGGAAGGGGAACCCCGAGUGGAGCCUGGUGGAAGUGGACGGGCGGCGGGGCUACGUGCCCUCCAGCUUCCUGGCCCGGGACCUGAGCCCGGCACCCUGGGGCUGGAAUCUCCCCUCCUAGUCUCCCCUCGCGGUCAAGGCCCCCAGGAGCCUGGGAGGUGGUGGUGGCCCCGGGCAGGGCUGGGCGGUGAGGAUUUUGUCUGUUCUGACCUGAGUGCUCCCGGCACCGGGGUUCUCCGUGAACUGUGUGCUGUGCAGUUGCCGGAGGGGCCCACCGACAGUUCCCAUCCUGUUGCUCCAGGGGUCCCGGGGCCUCUCCGUCACCUCCAUCUCUCUCUGCUCAGACAGUGACCCCUGGGAUCCUCUCCCGGGAAAGCCUGACCCCGGGGGACAGCAGGGAGUUCCCAGGACAUAGUUGGCUCGGCCUGAGAGUGGGUGGGGCCCAGUCAGAGUUCUAGAAUGUGUGGAGGCAUAUCGGAGGCAGUUCCAGGGAAGUGGGGCUUGGAGGGGUGCCACGGGCGGGGGGGGGGCAUGCGCCGGGCACGGCUUCUGCUGCCGUCUGUGCACCGGGCACAAACGGGCCUGGGAACACGGGGGAGGGCUGCUGGGAAGCAGGUGAUGUCAGCGGCCCGGUGGGCGGGAGCUGAGGUAACGGCUGGGCGUCCUGCUCCCCUGAGGGGAGCCACGGGACAUGCCGGGGUUUUCAGGAGGACACCAGAGCCUGAAGGCAGCAGCGGGCGUGGCGUCAGGGCGGGGGCACAGGCCGCAGCCUGGGCUGCCCACGCGGACGGGCCUGAUGCUAGGAUGGGGAGAGGGACGGGACGCUGACACUAUGAGGGCUCUUAAGUUGGUGGACGCUGCUCUCGGCACAGUCCCUGCCACCAGCUGGCAGAUGGGAGGGUGGCACUGUUAGGCCAGGCCCAGGCUCAUUGACCAGCGGGCAGACUCUGCAGGCAGACCCUGUGGGCAUGGACAGACACACUGCAGACCCUUGGGCAGACAGACACUGGCAGACACGGGGCAGACGCACUCCAGACACACACUGGGUAGACAUUGCAGAGAGACGCUGGGCAGACAGACACAGUGAACAGACACUGCAGGUAGACACACUCUAGGCCGACACUGCAGACAGACACACUGCAGGCAGACACUCGGGGUACUAUGGCACUGGGCUGACAUGACAGAUGGACACUGAGGACAGACGCACUGGGACAGACACGGAGGACAGACACACUGCGGCAGACACCUCGGAUCACCACAUGAGGUCCCGCUGGCAGAAAGUCUCUGGAACUUGCUGAGGUUAAAACUCCUGCCACCCCAUUCCAGCGUCAGGAGGCCAAAACCCCUCCAAAUAGUUCAUGUUCAAGGAAGACCCACUUCCCCCCCACCCCCGAUGGGGCAGAAGGGGGUCCCUGCGAUGGGCUCCUUCAGGUAGUCCUUGGGGUGGAGAGAAAUUCCAAGACUCAGUGUGUGACCCACCUUGUGUGCCAAAUGGCGCAGCGUAAGGCCCGUCGCAGGCGAGUGAGGGUGGAGCUAGUCUGAGGCUGGGGGUGUUUAAGGGCAGGCUGGCGGUUUAGAUUCAUUCCCAGGAACAUCCCGAGGCAGGGCUUAGAGCUGUCAGCUGCCCUCGGAGGGCUUCGAGGAAGUAUGUGCAUGGGCGUCCUGUCUGUGACUUAACCCUGCUGGACGGUAGAUGCCAGAGGGCACACAAUGCUAGAGACCAGCUACCAGGUGACCCAACUCCUGCUCAGAGCUCUGAUACAAGUAGAAGCCGAGGGGAGCAAGAGCAAAGCAAAGUGGGGCCCUUGGGGGUUCUUGCCCCGUGCACCAGACCCAGCUGCAGCCGUGCCUGAGACCAGAUUCCCACCUCGGAUUCUGGUGCAGUUCACCUUGGGGCUGUGGCCUCAGAACUCAGAAAGACCCCCCCCCACCAACUCCCUUUGGUGUGGUUAGAGUUGGGGACUUCUGCCGGGCCCUCAGGGCUGAUGAUGACCCUGGCAGGGGCCCCAGCUUGUGCUGUCUGACGGCGUCAGCUCCCGUGCUUCCAAUGGCAGCCUCCAGGGAGGGUUGAAGAGGGCACCCUGCCCCGUCAUGUCCCAGAAUAUCUGUUCAGUAAGUGCCAUUAAAAGGGACCUGAGCAUUGCUGGAUGCUUGUGCUGGUCUACGGGAGGCUAGGAAAUGUACUUGGAAUCUGAUCUCUCUCUGCAGGAGAGAUUAGAACGUGUGCAGUAGGGCUGAUGGGCAUGCUGCUAGAAUGUUGCGAAGGUGGAGAAGGGCCCACGUUUUCCCCCAGGGAUGCCAGAAUGUGCCUUUCCCGUGGUGCACUGCACUGUGGAACGGAGGCGCUGGCUCUCGGCUUGCCUGAGAACCGCACCGGACUCAGGGAGCACUGCUGGCUGCCAGUGCCUCUCACCUCCCCACUGAGGGUGGAUGCAUGAAUCCUGGGUGAUCUGAUGAGCUCUCGUGGCUGCAGCUACACUGGCGAAUAAAGG